AACGAAGAGCAUUAUUUAUAAAGAUAUCGGGAAAGAAAUUUUUCAACUUGAGGUUCCGAAUACAAUAAAAGUACCAGAUAAUUGGCAAAAAUUAUCACGCACACAGAAAGUCAAUCGUUAUUGGAAUCCAACUCUUCAAAAAUUUGUUAGAGAUUUUCAAGAAGCAAAAGAAACUCAAUCUAAUAUAUUGAAAUCUUUACAAGGCCGUUUUUAUCAAAAAUUUGAUGCAAAUUAUCGUAAUUGGUUACUUGCUGUCAAAAUUGUUGGUGAAAUUGAUUGUUUGUUAAGUUUGGCUAAAAGUUCAUUGGCAUUGGGUGAACCUCGUUGUCGUCCCCAAUUUGUGUUACAGGAGCAAAGCAUCUUAGAAUUCGAAGAGCUUAGACAUCCUUGUUUUAUUUCAGGUGCCGCUCUCGAUUUCAUACCAAAUGAUACAUUCCUUGGUGGUGAUCAGCCAAAUAUGAUAUUACUUACGGGUCCAAACAUGGGUGGGAAAUCCACACUUUUGCGUCAGAAUUGUGUGGCAAUUAUCAUGGCACAGCUUGGUUGCUAUGUUCCUGCAAAAAGUUGUCGUAUGACGCCCUUUGAUAGAAUAUAUACGCGUAUUGGUGCUAAUGAUAAUAUUCUUGCAGGUCAAAGUACUUUCAUGGUAGAGCUAAGCGAAACCUCGAAAAUUAUUCACGAUGCUACACCUAGGUCUAUGGUUAUUCUUGAUGAACUGGGACGGGGCACGUCUACUUUUGAUGGUUAUGCUAUUGCAUAUUCGGUUUUAUAUUACUUAACGACACAUAUAGGUUGUCUUGGUCUAUUUUCUACACACUAUGGCAUGCUUACACAAGAAUUUGCUAAAAAUCCCAACAUCGCACUUAAGCAUAUGAGUUGUCAUGUUGACCAAGAUCGUAGAGAGGUGACUUUCUUGUAUAAGUUAGUUCCUGGAGUAUGUCCUAAAUCUUAUGGGAUGAAUGUGGCCAAUAUGGCUGGUGUUCCUAGACAGAUCGUCGAUCGUGCUGAAGUGGUUGCCGCUAAAUUUGAACAAACAUCAAAAUUGCAGGAUGUUUUAACUGCAAAUAGUUCAAAUGUAUCAAUCACGACUUUAUGUGAUUUCGUAUAUCUUUUAAAAGCUGCAGAUAAGAAUGGUGAGUCAUCUAAAGAAACAGAUGGUGAGGCCUCAGAUAAUCGGGCAGAUUACAAAAAAAACGAAAAGUAUACUAGAGCGUUGAAGACUAUUAUUCGUGGAAUUAAGAUGAUAUAA